AUGCAUCUUCCUCCAUUACCAUCGGCCAUUGUCUUGGAUGAAUCAAGAAGAGCGAGUAUAGGUGCAUUCGGAGUCGAGAAAGAACUCGCAACACCACCUUCUCCCAUUGAGUCUCAGUUUCCACCACAUUCGACACAAGUCGAGGUGGAAAAAAAUGAUUUUAAUGUUGAUGCAGAGAUGGGCAACAAACGAACAUUUUGGACAGUAGAAGAAGAGCAACAUCUUGCAAAAUCAUAUAUCAAUAUUAGCACUGACUCGACAAUCAGGAAUUCUCAAAAGGAUAAAGCUUUUUGGAAGAGUAUCGGAGAUUACUACAACGAGACUCGGCUAUACGGAACUAAGAAAAGGGAUUUCAUGACGCUAAAGUCACAUUUCUAUGGGUAUUAUUCGUUGGCAAACGAAUUUGGUUCAAUGCACAAUAAUUUUUGGGAGAAUCGUCAAAGCGGUGAGAGUGAUGAGGAUAUACUUAAUUUUGAAAGAGCAAGUGAAAUGGGCUCCACAAUCAGAGGGUCAUCGUGUUGGAAAAAAGCAAGCACAUCAGAAUCAGGGACACACACAUCCUCGUCCAACCCAGAUGCUAGCGUUGAUGCGGAUGACUGUGAAGCGCGCAAGUGUCCAAUUGGGCAAAAGGCGGCAAAGAAGAAGGGUAAAAUCAAUCAUGCAGUGGUAGAAAUAAUGGAACAAAGCAUUGGCAACAUGAGCAACAUGUGGAAGGAAUUCAAAGGUAUUCACCAAGACAAAGUUAGGAAGAUAGAUGAAUUCCAUAAAAAUGAGAAAGUUAAAGAAUCUGAAGCAUUUCGACGUGAUUAUGAAAUCCUGAUGAGGGAUACUUCAAGAAUGACAAAGCAACAAGAGGAUAUACAUAAAAAGGCAUGUGAAAUAAUAUCUAAAAGAUGGGGAAUACUGUUGGUGCAACCUUAG